CUGAUGUGUGUGUGUGCGCGCCCAAAGACCGAAGAUGACAACACGCAAAGAGCACACGUGGUGGUAAACGCUACUACGCCGACUUGCUGUGAGUGAAGCGCGUCUCCACUACCAGGGAUUAUCGCAGCCGACUGAGCGCGUGUGUGUCUGAGCGUGUGCUGCAGAGGGGCGGUGGCUUUUUUCCACGACUGCCGGAUGGCUUUAAUUGCUACUUGGUGGGUUUGGGAAUCACGCCUGGAGUCUUCAAACACAAAAGACAAGAAGCAGAGAUGAUUUGAGCCCCGGCGGAAAGUCGGGCCCGGGACGGACACGUUGAUUGAAGGAGAAAGGCCUUAUGGCGUCAGAGUGGAGAAAUGGGCCGGUGCAGCUGAAGUGAAGCGGCUCAUAGCUGAACCUCCUUCUGGAACUCAUUUAAUGCGUAAUCCGGAUAGUUUUAAGCAGUUUAACAUGUGCCGACCUGGAUCCCUUCACCUGGACUUUGCUCGUUCAAGGAUCGGCAUUUGAGGAUUAUUUUUCCAUAUUGAACCUUCACGUCUGUCGACCAGGUAUGAGGGGGGAAAGGAGGUGCGCUUCCUUCCGUAAGGAGAAACCGGCGGGCCUGUCCCGCGCCCUCAGCUGGCUCAACGUGUCCACGCUGUCCCGCCAGAGCAGACGCAUCUUCCACAGCCAGAACGAGCUCCACGUCGCACACACCCGCCGAACGCACUCGCACACUCACCUGAGCGCGGCGGACCGAGACGAGGACGAGGACGAGGACGACUGGGUGUACCGGCCUCAGCACCGGAUAGCGGUGUCCAACCUGGACGAGGAGAGCAAGUGGACGGUUCACUACACGGCGCCGUGGCACCAGCAGGAGAACGUCUUCCUACCGGGCAGCAGGCCGCCCUGCGUAGAAGACCUCCACCGCCAGGCCAAAGUCAACCUUAAGACCGCCCUGCGAGAAUGCGACAAGUUGAGGAAGGAUGGUUUCCGGAGCUCUCAGUACUACUCUCAGGGUCCCACCUUCUCCGACCCCUUACAGUCCACCAGCAGCCUUCAGGAUGAGGAGGAGGAUGACGUUGAUAAGAAGUCCACCGCGUCCUCAGCGGAGGACAACAAAUCCCAGGUCUCCAUGAGGCCCCACACCCCGCAGGGGGGCGGCGAGGGAGGGGAGAGGUACGAGGUUGACGGACAGGUUGUGUGGACCCGGGGCACGUCCCUCCCCACCCCAGAGGAGAAGAUGAGGCUGGCGGCUCGGGCCGUGCCCACCGACAUAGUUCCCAUCAACGUCACAGGGGCGGUGUUUGACCGACAGGCGAGCAUCCGGCGCUCCCUCAUUAACACAGACACCGUGUCCCGCCGGCCCAAGAAGGUCAAACGCAGAAAGACUAUAUCAGGGCUGCCUGACAACUUCAACCAUGAGCUAGCAGCAAAAGGAUACGGCGGAGAGCUCCGGCCGCAUUCCAUGUUCAUCCCGGGCCAGUACUCCACCUUAGGCCGGGUUGGGAGUGUCAGCUCGACGCUCCGACGCUCAGAGACCAGAGACUCUGGCUGCCAGACGGAGAGCGUGAAGGUUGUGCCCCCGUCCAUGAGACGAAUCCGGGCUCAGAGAGGACAGGGAAUCGCCGCGCAAAUGGCCGGCAUUUCUACUUCCUCCUCGACGGGAAGUAUAUCCAUCGCGAGCAGUGACGGCUCCGGGAUCUUGAUGCUGCCUCAGUUUAAUAGAGACCCCUCCCGUUUCCACAGUCUGCCCCGACCGGGCGCCAGGGUGUCCCUCAGCGCCGACCCCAUUUACAGCAGCACCCCCGUCAGGUCCGAGGACCAAACUACACCUCCGAGGCAGAUCAGCAAGCUUCAAGUUGAUGAUUCAGUGGUGCACAUGAGAAACGCGCCGCGGACGGGCACCCUGCCCCGGCCCAGGUCCCAGGAGUUGAGGGGGACGCAGGCCAGUGAUUGGGGGGGCGGCCCAGCGUGCGUAGUCUCCCCGCACGCCGCCUACUCCACCUCAUUCAUCCCCAAUGCCACCCUGUCCGGCUCCUCUGAGGUCAUUAGCCUCAACACCUCCGGUAAACUCCACUCGCAGGCCGGCGCUUACCCCACGGGGCGAACGCUCAGUGCCGCCUCCUCCGCCGACCCCAGGAUCUCCAGCCCGACCGGCUUCGCCCACAGCUUCACCUGUCCGGCGCUGGCCACUUCCACCCCCACGCACACGUCAAAGGAUGGCGGACAGGAAGUGGCGAGACGUGCCAGCGAGUCGGGGCACUCGGACAGCAGCAUGCACAGCCGCAGCACCUUGGCCCCCACACCUCCGUCCGGCCUGCCGGAGGAGCAGUGGAUCUACGACACGCCGGAAAACGUGGCGGUUCCGCACCGCGCGCUGACCUCCAGCUGCUCCGUUCCCAUAAACCAGUUGUACAGCAGCCUGGAUCACUCCUCCAGGACCACGACGGACUCCAGCUCCCUCUACUCCCAAGACAACGACGGAUACUACACCUCCAUGCACCUGGACUCGGGCCUGCGCUCCCGCAGCCACGGCAGCGGGCACGGUGCCGCGCCGGGACGGGCCACCAGGCACAGCAUGUACGAGUGCCGCGAGGUGGCCAAUCAGGACGACUCCGGCAGCUUGUACAGCGACCGCUCGCUGUCCCGCAGCAUCUCCCUCCGCAAGUCCAAGAAGCCUCCUCUGCCGCCGGCUCGUACCGACUCCCUCAGACGCAAGACUUCUGGGAAACGGCCCCUCGGAGGCGUCAGCGCCCUCGGCGGCGCCAAGGAGCCAAACGGAGCCAUGCUCAAUGAGACUCUCAUCGCCAGCUUGCAGCAGAGCCUCCAGAUGGGUCUGAAAGGAGGGAAAGGAAAAGGGGCGUCUCCUUCGUCCCCCUCUCACAGCCCAAGUAGCGACUACGACGACCCUUGGGUGCUGCGGCCACGCAGCCAGAGUAGCAUCAGUGCGGGGAGCUCCGCGGCGUCACUAUUGGCUAACGCCAACUGCGGGGGCGUGUCCAACGUGUACUCGUUAUGCCACGUGACGCCGGCUCACAGCGACACCAGCAGCUUGCGCUCGGAGUACGCCGAAUCCUGGGGUUACUACAUGGACUACCCCCGUAACCACGGCGAUCAGAGGGUGCAGACGCCCCCGGCCCACGCCGCGGAGAACCUGUCGGCCGACGCCCAGCCGGGGGAACUGCCGAACGGAGGGGAGGUUCUGAAGAACAGCCGGGCCCCGGAUGCGCCGGGCCAGGAGGGAGGGGUGGCGGUGAAGCCCAAAACGGCCACCUCCUCACCGGACAGGGUGCACCGGCUGACGUCCCCAUCCAGCGGCUACUCCAGCCAGUCCAACACCCCCACGGCUGGAACGCCAGUGCCCUCGCUCGUCAGGUCCAUGUCCCCCUCGGGCGGACGGCCGAAGCCCAAAGUCCCCGAGAGAAAGUCCUCCCUCCUCUCCUCUGUAUCCAUGUCCUCCUCCUCCACCUCCCUGUCCUCCAACACCUCGGACUCGCUCAGAAGCUCCGGACCUCCUCCUCCACCACCUCUGCCCUUUCCCGUCUCCUCCUCCUCAGCUCCCACCACCCCUCUCAGCCCACCUCCACCCUUCCCUCCCCCUCUACCACCAUGUUCCAGUGGCAGCACUCCGUCGCCACAUCCCCCGCUGCCACCCACCCCUCCGUGUCAAACUCUGGGCCCGCCUCCCACUUGCUCCACCUCCCCAGAAUUCCCUCCCCCUCCGUCCCCUGAAAUGCUAAUCCAUCCCAAUUCGUCCUUCAAUGGGAGCUUCAGCCCUCCCCCUCCACCGCCCGUCCCCUCCAUGGGUCCCCCUCCGCCUCCCCCUCUGCCGGCUUUUGUCCCCCCUUCCCCCUCGCCACCUUUUGUGAAGGCGGCGAAAGAGUCCCGGAAAGCUGCUCCUUCCAGCGGGCCCACAAAGUCACCCAAGCCCCUGAUCACCCCGUUAGUUCUGCAGAGUGUGCAGCUCCGCUCCGCCAAACGCCCAGAGAAGGAGAUUAACGGCAAAUCGGACCACACCGAGGCUCAGGGGCUAAAGCCACGGACCCUGCAGCCGUCUCCCCCCCUGGAACAACCCACUGUGAUCCCCCCAGGAGAAGAUCCACGCAACUCCUCUCCAUCGCCUGUGUCGAGGCUCUUAGAAGAGUUUUCUUUAGACUGCAGAAUCACAGAUGACGCACCAGGUAGCUCCGUCAUGAAUGGAAAAGCGGAGGAUCAGAGUUACUUUAUCCGAGGCAGUAGAGAAACAUUUGAGGUGCGUGAAUCAUUGCCCGGCCCCCCACAGAGCCCCCGUAGCUCUCCUGUCAAACAGAAGCCCCCAGCGGUCUCCAAGAAACCCCAGAUCUCUUUCCUCUCCCAGUUCAUCCCCAAGCCAAUCGAUGAACAGGUUCCCUCUCACCUCGAAGAUGCAACCAACCCGUCACCAAUAGAAGACCAAGUAGAUGCACCGCAAAGACAAACACAGAGAGAACAGGAAGAGCGUAAAAGAGAGCAACAGGAGGAAGAGGAAGCGUCGGAGGGCUCGGAGCCGGAGUCAGAAAGCAGCAAAACGUCAACAGUGUCCCAGAACGGGUCCUACAUUUAUGAAUCUGCCAUCCAGACGAGUCCCGAUCACGGAAUAUACACCAAUGGAGAGACUCUGGACGAGGACGAGGUAGAUGGAACAAGCAGCACGACUGGAUCCAUCAGCUCCAAGGAGGACGACACUGGUGAGGUGUUCUACUCCGGUACGGCCGAAUCGUCUCCGGCCCCGUCGGCCAACGGAGCCUCCGAGCAGAACAUGGUGACCCCGACUCCCUCGCGGCCCCGGACCACCGAGGACCUUUUCGCUGCCAUUCACAGGUCCAAGCGCAAGGUCCUGGGUCGCAAGGAAUCGGAUGAGGAAAAGUCCCGGUCCGAGAGCCACCCACAAUCGCCCCCCGUCACUCCGUCGGGCGGCUCCCCAGGGGCGGCGUCCCCUUUGCCCCGCCAGUCGGGCUCCAUCCAGCGCAACCUUCGCAAGUCCUCCACCAGCAGCGACACCUUCAAGGCCCUCCUGCUGAAGAAGGGAAGCCGCUCGGAGACCAGCUUCAGGAUGUCGGCCGCCGAGAUGCUCCGCACCACCGACCCUCGCUCCCAGAGGCCGCCCUCGGAGUCGGCCUUCGACUCCCCCGAGGCUUCGCCCUCCUCGCCGAUGGGGCCGCACAGCCCCUGUAACUCCCCCGGCCGUGGCCAGAAGGCGGCAGAGGAGUGGAGCCGCUACGAGGCGCUGGCCACGUCCUCGCCGACCUACCCGUCCUUUUCCAUGAGCGGGUUCCGGUACGGGCGGUCGCGCACGCCGCCCUCCGCGGCCAGCAGCAAGUACAACGCACGCUGCCGGAUCCUCAGCAGCCCCAUGACGGUGAUCUGCGAGCGCGAGGGCGAGCUGGCCGAGAGCGAGUGCGGAGACGCCGCGGACACCUUGUCCGCACCCGCUGCCCCGCCUCUCCCUGCGUUCAAUCACUCCAAUGGCACUUUAUCCGACGAGAGCAGAAGUUAAAAGGCAAGGACCGCCGCUUAGAUACAAGCAGCGGAACUCACUCGUCGUAAGGCAGGUAGGGAGCAGGAAGAGGAGCCAAUAGGAGGCCCUCAGGGCACACCUUCCUGAGCCCCGCCCCCUCGGGUUGCAUCUGGGGCCAGUUAAACGUCAGGCUGGGAUGUGAGGUCGGAGGUCGCCGCGUCACGGACCAGACUGAACUUAGUUCCAAGUGGAGCGCGGUAUCUGCUGCACCUUCUCACUGCUCCCGUCGCUCUCGCUCUGUCCUCCCGACUCGCCCGUUGUGUCCAAAGGACGCCGUUGGCUUCCCGCCUGGUCUUCACUUUGUUUCCAUUGUUUGCUUUUCUUUCCUCACUACGAUGUGUCUUUUCUUCAAGUCACAAGUUGUAACUGGCGGUGCUGUGUAGCUGGGCAGUGGGAAUGUAGAGGCGUGCUGGACGCUCGCUCAGCUUCUCUUCGGUCGGCUCCGGUCCGUGUUUGAGCGCAUCGCGGUCGGCGGGUGUUUGCUUCAAACAGCCCACAGUAUUGUGAGGUGAAGCCGAGGAGGAGGAGGUGCAGCGGACGGCUCCACGGUACAGCUUUGGCUACGGUGUCCGGCAGGUUUCGCUUCCUGCACGGUUUAGUUUGCAGAGCCGGGAGGUUCCGUGGUGCACAGGAAGCGCAGAGGGCUCCGUGCUGCCCCCUAGUGACGGCCGGGAGGUAAACAGCCGUCGAGUGCAAAAAGACUCAACCAAAACAGCAAAUUUACUCCUAAAACCUCUAUUAAUUGAAUUUUAGUUUAUAGAUUUGCAUUGUGCAUAGAUAUUUUUUCUUUGUUUGUCUCUUAAAAACUCUGUUUUAAAGAUUGUUUUAAUAAAAAAGUUAUGUCGUGUUUUGGAGUUAAGUAUGAAUCUACAAAUCUAAAGAGAAUAAACUUGUUUUACUCUCGGCGUCUUUUAGUGAUCAUGUUGGGUACCAAAGAGCUAAGAAACGAACACAACCUGAGCGUGUGCCAGGCUGCUGGAACCUACUAAACCCUCUGAGGCUUCAACGCGUUCAAUAAUUCUGUUGACUUUUCUGCUAAGUGGCAUUCUUUUGCAGUUUUAUAUGAUCCCGUAUGUAAAUACAUAGAGAAAGAAGUUUUAAGUGACAUUUAGACUUUGAAGACUGAACAUUUUUAGAGGGAGCGGUUACCUUUUUGUAGAUUAUUUAUUUUCACAUAGCUGUCAAAGGCGUCAUGAUCAGAGUCCACCUGCAAGGUGAUGGAGCCACAGGGAGGAGUUAUGAGAGCCACAUUUACCACGUAUUUACCACCAUUUAAAGGUGCAAAACAAGCGUCAAUGAAGACAACAUUUAGGCUUAACAUUGCACCGCCCUUAACCUGGAGGCAUGCAAACACCGCGCUCAGUAAAUGUGGCCUCCUAAGAGUCAUCCACUGAGAACUGAGUAACCUCAUAACACCCCGUGGUUUAAUCACCUGUGACCAAAGUGUGUCUCCGAGCUCCCCUGAUUGACUCCCCGGGCCUGUCUCAUGCCAGGAUAAACGUCCUCGAUCGCAGAGGGACAAGCUGGGGGGGGGGGGCAGAGGUAGUUGGAGGGGAGCUGCUAAGGAUCUUGUCUGUCUGUGUAAUAAAAGAUGAUAUUUAAA